AUGGUAACUUAUUAUAAGAAUGUGAAAUCUUAUAAUCCUGGUAUCAUUACAGCUUUAUCUCAUCAUAUUGUAGGUGAAUUUAAUUUUAGGAAAUUACAUUGCUUAGGUGAUGAAAGUUAUGGACUUAUUGGUUUAAACAUUUAUAUUAUUAUUUAUGUCUGUAAUUCAUGGUUCAUUAUUGUUGUGAGUAAUAUUAAGUACUCGUAA